AUGCUCAAAUUCAUCCGAUCACAUUUUCAUCAUCCUGAAAAGGGAAGCGGCAAUGAGCUCCUCGAUUAUGUCAAUUUCGAAAAGACAACCCAACACGGCUUUCCCAAUAAAACAACAGCGUUUGCCUACGAUCCAAUAUUGGGAUUGCUAGCAGUUGGAACUGAAAAUGGAGAGAUUUCAUUAUUUGGAGCUGAUCACUUCAUUUGGACAAACACCUUGGACUCUCAUCACAGAAUAGCACAUCUAUAUUUUGCUGAAGGAACCGGAGUCCUUAUUGCGCUCACACACGAUCUAGGAUUUCAUAAAUUCAGUAUAUCUGGAAGAUCGUUGAACGCUUUGAGUAUCGACCCUGAUCCUCGUCUAAAGAAGAUAACCAGUUGUGCUAUGUUCGCGAACAGCUCCAGAGAGAAAUUUUCCUUACUGAUUGGAGCCACCACUGGAAUGAUCUAUUCUUUGGAUGUUGAUGAGAUGACGAUUGCCGAAUUUCUCCCUUUCAAUGAAGAAUUAGAAUCAAGAAUCACUCUUGUAAACGAAACCCAAUCAGUCAACGCCAUUGAUAUCUGUCGAUCCGAUCCAAAUCGUCUUCUUCUCCUCUACGAUCAAUCAGUCGCUGUCUACGACGUGUCUGUACGAGAAGUUCUCUCCACGUGGAACCUCGACACUCCGCCAAUGGAUGCUCGCUGGUCACUGGAUGGAAAAACAGUUAUAAUCUCUUCUAGUGAUGGAUCUUUUACCCUCUACAAACAGAAUGGAGAAAUUCAAGAGUCUCCGGGAAUCGUCUUCGGCCCAUUUCCUUGUACGCCUGUUCAAAAGGCUCUCAUAGCCAACACUGAUCAUGGGCAAAUUCAUGCGUUCUCCGGUGGAAUGCCGAGAGCUUCAUAUGGGGAUCGAUACACGGUGACAACAAUGAGAGCCGGGAGAACUGCUUGCUGGGAUUUCGCAAGUCCGGUUCUUGACUUCUGUUUUGCUUCUUCGUCAAAGGAUUUAAAUGACAAUGCUCAUUGGCGGGCAACUUUACUGCUCGUGUUGACCGAAGAAGAACUUGUGGUGAUCUCUGUUGGAGACAAAGAAUGGAAAUCUCUUUCUCUUCGUUGCCUUCAUCCCCUUCAUUCUUCACCGAUUACCAAUAUGAUUCACGUAUCAAAUGUUGAGUCAAACGUUUGGAGUAAACUCUUGAAGUUCUCAACAUCACAAUCUUCUCACUCCAAUUGGCCGUUGACUUAUUCUCCGGAAAUUGAAGGACAAAGAAAAGUUGGAAAUGAGAAACAAUUGCUGCUAACUGGCCAUGCAAACGGAAAUGUGAAAGUCUGGUCUGCUGGUGAGCCAUCGAUGCAACUUUUGUGCACGAUUGAGACUUCGAGAGAAGUGGCUGGAUGUUCGGAGGAAGCUAGCUCUUUCAUCAAAAACUCAACUGAGAGCGAUUCAGAAGAAAGCGAUUGUCAGGUUUCCGAUGAAUGGCCGCCAUUCAAAAAGGUCGGAGACUAUGAUCCUUGUUCUGACGAUCUUCGAUUAGCUGUUCAAAGAAUAGCGUUUGACCCCAAAAGUGGCACAUUAGCAGUGGGAUGUCGAGGAGGGCAUGCGCUCGUCUAUCAACUCGCUGACACACCUCAGACAUGUGAUCCGCCAUCAAUCCUUGACUGCAAUCUUGUGAAAGACCAAUCCUCUUCAAUCUCUCCAACUAUCAAAGCGAUGAAAGGUGUUGACCCUAGAGACAAAGCACUGAAUUACCCAACUGGAUAUCAACCAAGACCAAUUUCAAGCUCUUCUUCAAGUUUAAUCGUGCAACUUUCUCCUUGCGUACCCGUAACUUCAAUUGCCGUAAUUGAUCAGCGAUCGAUGAUCGCCGUUGGAACCGAGUUUGGAUUUGCUCUUGUUGAUUAUGCGAAGACAAAAAUCGAGUUUCAUAUUUCGUUACUAGAUCAGCAUGACCUCGCUGAUGCCGGUGCUCUGGAUGAGUCAUUGAGUCGAUUCAAAAGUAUGAAGAAAUCAAUCCGCCAAUCGUUUAGAAGGAAAAAGAAGACAACGAAUGAGGCACAGAAUGAACACCAUGAUGAUGAGAUUUGCCGGCCAGUCGAACGAAGGAUUGAGCCAAGAGGAACACCACAACAAGGCUUGAUCCUGGAACCCUCGAAAGGUCUUGUCAGAUUGUUGAAGUUUCUACCUAACCCGCUAUCAUUGUCGUCAAAUCCUGGACACUCGCUUUGGAUUGGCACAAAUGGAGGACGACUCUAUGCUUAUUCGAUUCAAGAGACUGGAGAAAUUUGCAAACUAGAACGAGAGAUCAGGCUCCAACAUGCAGCUCCGAUCGUCAGCGUUGAGGUUGUUCACGAAACGAUAAAGUCAAUCUCGAUUUCUCGCCUAUUAUUGGUCACAGAAGAACAAAUCCGAGGCUAUACUCUACCAUUGUUGAGACCGACAAAGUAUAAAUUGAAGUUGACCGCGAAUGAAGGGUUCCGAGUUCGAAAGGGGAAUUUGGUGAACUUACAUCAUAUCAAAGGCGAAAACUCAACGGAGCCUUUUCUUUCUCUUCUCACAAAUAUAGGAGAAGUGAUGGUUUAUUCGAUUCACAACCAUCGAAAGAGAGUGAAACAUUCAGUGAUGAAAUCAACGGACAUCGCUGGUAUCUCAUCGUGUGUCAGUUCAAGUGAUGGAGAGCUCUUCUGGUUGAGACCAGGCGGAUCACAGCUCCAGCGUGGCUCCCUUUGUGCCCCUCAACCUCCACCUCCGAUCCCACCAACAUCCCCUCAAAAACCAACACUAACUAAUGGGAUCACAGCA